AUGAUUUAUGAUACAUAUGAUGAAAUGGACUCUGUGUUGGCCAAACUUCAUUCACCAUCAUUCGCAGGAGACGAAACGGUUGUAUUAGGUCCGUUUGGUGUGUUUGAAGGGGUAAAGCAUCACAGAGCACGAAGGGGCCGAAAACGAGACACUCUGGAACGAUCUGCCAGUGACCGAGCUGUUCAGAGACAGAAACUUAAUGAAGCCGAUAAUGAUGUUUCUGGACAGACCACUGGGACUCCACAAUCAUCCCAUAGAUUCAGUUUGGGUCAUUUGGAUAGCGCUGGAAGCACUCCUGUCAGUGCCAAUAAUGCUAAUGUCAACCUGAAGUUAGAUGAUGAUAUCGCCCUUCUAACAGGGACAGCAGCGUCACUAGUAGCAGCUGGAGAUGCGGCAUUGAGGAAAGCUCAGUCUAAAGAAGAGAUAGCUGAAUUGGCCGGCUCUACUCAUAUUGAAGAUUCUCCUGCAGACAGUGUUGGUGACAGCAUCGCAGAAAGUUUUUCAAGUUUCACCCAGGCACAGGGAGGAGAAGCAAAGGCACAUAUUCUGCCGUAUAUUCCAAGCGAAAAGGCUGAAUAUGAAGCUUUGCAUGAAGAAUUAAGUACUUUGUUGUCAUUUCCAAAUGAUGAUAUUUUCACCUCUGGAUACUUUGACAUACCUUCAAAUAUGUAUGAUUUGGAUGGUCUUGAUGGGGGAGUUACUCAAGCUCUUGGUAAGAAGGAAGAUGCGGGCUCCCAGGUUGAUGGAGAAGCCAACCCUCAUAACGGAGGUAUUAUCAACGCUGGUGCAGCAAAUUUGUCCUUGGAUGGCAACUCGAUUGAGCAACAACUUCAACAGCUCCAUUCUACAAUUCCUAACCUCUCCAACAAAAGUAAUAAUCCGAAUGGAAGUAGUACGACUGGAACUGGAAAUAGAAUCACUACGAACAAUUCCCAAGCUCCUCUUCUGUUUAUCCCUUUGUCGAAUGGUCUGAACCAUAAUCAAGGACAAUUGAAAUAUAUCCUUCCUGGUACUCCAAGCGCAGCUUUGCCAAAGGGUCCUUUGUUUGCAUUUUCCCCUCAAGCUCAGUAUUUACUUGAUUACUACGACCAAAAUGUCAUUAAAAUAAUGACAGUGGUAGCACAUCCCAAGAACCCCUGGCGUACUAUAUAUCUUCCUAGAGCUUAUAGUGCUAUUGGUGAUAUUAUUGGCAAGGGACAAACCAGUGCAGCUCGUAAUGCUCUUUUACAUGCUCUUUUGGCAGUCAGCGCUUUCCACAUUCAGCGGAAAUUCAGCGCCGAGUCAGAUGCUAGACAGCAUUACCUUAGUCUUGGUCUUCGUCUCAAGAGUGAGGCUUACAAAUGGCUUAGCAAAUGUCUAGUUGAUGAUUUAAUGACGCAGAAAUACAAAGAUGUCGUGACGGCUGUACUAUCAAUGGUCACAAUCGAUGUUAUUUGGGGAGGUAUGGCUGACUGUCAGAUCCAUCUUGCUGCAUGUCAGAGUAUUGUAAGGCUCCGUCACAAAACGAGGAAGUUGACUUCUCGUAAAGCAAUGAUUUUGCAAAGGAUCUCAGGAUUUUUGACGCUACUGCAACGUGCUACAGUCGUUGAUCCUGAUAGUGUAUUUGGAUUUGCAGACGACGAGGAUGAAGAUGACCGGUAUAAUGACGAGUGGAUGGAGCUGCGUUUGGAAGAUCUCGAAUUGACACCUAGACCAAAAAAUAGUGUGGCUAAUAGUACAAUGACAUCACCUGCAUCACAGCCACUUUAUUCGCAGUCGAGCUUGUCUUAUAUGAGGGAUCCAUCUCAAUUCCAAGAAUAUUGGCAUCAAUAUAGCAAUGUGAAUGCACAGUCUCUUUCUGACGAGUUCUAUGCUAAAGAGCUUGUGUCCACUCAAUCUUUAUACGGCAUCCCUGACUCGCUUAUAAUUCUUUUCCACGAGGCAUGUAAACAAUCUCGUCAAGGAUUGUAUUACCGAAGCAAGAACGAGCCAUUUCCGCUCUCCCUUACAUACAAGUGCAAAGAACUCGAAUCGGCUCUGGUCAAUUGGCAAGCUCGAUAUGACAUCAACAAAACAACAAACUUUACUGGUCAAGUAAAAGAGGCCCUCAACCAUCAUACAUUAGCUUUCCAUCAAGCAUUAAUUAUAUAUCACUAUCGUCUCGCUCGCGAUGUGAACCCAUCCGCAUUGAGAUCCCACGUCUUGGCUGUUCUUGACCACCUUGAAAAAAUGCAUCAAAUUAAUAUGACUCACCCGGAGCCCCUUAUUAUUCCACUAUUAUUCCCAGUUUUUAUGGCUGCAUGUGAAACGACCAACUCCUCAGACAUGGCUCGAUUCAAUGCCAUCUUGGAUAGAAUGACCGUUGAAGGACUUGGCACAUAUUAUACAGCUCUCAAGGUUAUUUCAGAAGUGUGGAAACGUCGUGAGGCUAAUGUGCCCAAUGCUGAAUGGUGGUCUAUUUUACGGGAGUGGAAGGCAAACAUAAUGCUCAGCUAA